CGAACCCUCUUCUCGUCAUCCCAUCUCUCCCUCUCUCCCUCUCUCUCUUUCCCCCCUCCUCUUCCCCUUAUUCCUCAUCGUCCGUCUCCAUUUGUUGGUACUUAGUCUACCGCUUCAACCGUCCACGGACCUUCGAAAUCUCAUAUCGAGCUCUGAAAGAGACGCCAAUUCUCCAUCAUGCGUGGCGAGGUCUGUCACAUUCAUAUUGGCCAGGCUGGUACUCAGCUUGGUAACAGUGCCUGGGAGCUGUAUCUCCUUGAGCAUGGUCUCCAGGCCGAUGGUCACCUUGACAAAAAGGCCGCUGAGGACGUCGAUUCUGGUGGCUCUUUUCAAACGUUUUUCACCGAAACUAGCAACGGAAAAUACGUCCCUCGCUCCAUCUUCGUGGACCUGGAUCCUUCGCCGAUCGAUGAAAUCCGCACCGGUAGCUAUCGCCAGCUCUUCCAUCCUGAAUUGCUGAUCAGUGGCAAAGAGGAUGCCGCCAACAACUACGCUCGUGGCCACUACACCAUCGGAAAGGAGCUCGUUGAUAACGUGAUCGACCGCAUUCGCCGUGUUGCCGACAACUGCGCCUCUCUUCAGGGCUUCCUCGUCUUCCAUUCUUUCGGCGGUGGUACCGGUUCCGGAUUCGGUGCCUUACUGCUGGAGCGCCUUUCGACCGACUAUGGCAAGAAGUCUAAGCUGGAGUUUGCUAUCUAUCCCUCGCCUCGCGUGUCCACCGCCGUCGUCGAGCCCUACAACGCCGUUCUGUCCACGCACAGUACCAUUGAGAACUCUGACUGCACUUUCUUGGUGGAUAACGAGGCCGUCUACGAUAUCUGCCGUCGCAAUUUGGAUAUCCCUCGCCCCAGCUAUGAGCACUUGAAUCGCCUGAUCGCCCAGGUGGUCAGCUCCAUCACUUCCAGUCUUCGCUUCGACGGCGCCCUCAAUGUCGAUUUGGCCGAAUUCCAGACCAACUUGGUGCCAUUCCCUCGAAUCCACUAUCCCUUGAUUUCCUACGCCCCCGUGGUUGGAAGCAGCCGCAGCUCUCAUGAAAGCUUCCGAGUGCAGGAUCUGACCUUCCAGUGUUUUGAACCCAACAACCAGAUGGUGGUUUGCAACCCUCGCGAUGGCAAGUACAUGGCUGUCGCUCUGCUGUACCGUGGUGACGUGGUGCCUCAUGACUGCAGUCAGGCCAUCUCCUCGCUCAAGGCCAAGGCUUCGUUCAACCUGGUUGAAUGGUGUCCCACUGGAUUCAAGUUGGGCAUCAACUACCAGAAGCCCGUACGCGUCCCUGGCAGCGAGCUUGCCCCCGUCGACCGCUCCGUCAGCAUGCUUUCCAACACCACUGCCAUCGCCGAAGCCUGGGGUCGCCUGGACCACAAGUUCGAUCUCAUGUACUCCAAGCGUGCCUUCGUUCACUGGUACGUGGGCGAAGGUAUGGAGGAGGGUGAGUUCUCCGAGGCGCGCGAGGACUUGGCCGCUCUGGAGAAGGACUACGAGGAAGUCGCCAGCGACAGCCUGGAGCCCGAGGCUGACGAGCCGGAAUACUAAUCGCCUGGUUGCCCUUCGUCUGGUCUGCUUUGGUUGAUUUGAUUCUUGGUUUGUCUAAUUUCUUGCCGCAAAACUCAAUGUAUCCCGCCUGCUCGCGACAACCCCCUUCCGUUCCUGCUUCCCUAGCGUUGUUUUCCAUUUCCACAAUUUUCCCCGCGGGCGAUUCGGAUUAUCGUACAGAAUCAGAAUAUCAAAAUCCAUGUGUUUAAUUACUCUAGUUGAUCUGAUAAUAUGUCUUGUCCAUAAACGGGUAAUGCGCCGGCCCAAAAGAUAG